AUGGGACAGGACUAUAUCCGUACUGGUGUCUUCAAGCCAAAGAAGUGUUUCUCUAUUGAUCGUGUUUUUCGUAAUGAGACUCUCGAUGCGACGCAUCUCGCUGAGUUCCACCAAGUGGAAGGUUUCGUAGCAGACCGUAAUCUCACUCUCGGCAAUUUGAUCGGAGUCAUCCGGGAGUUCUUCCGGCGUAUGGGCCUCACUGAUCUCCGCUUCAAGCCAGCAUAUAAUCCUUACACUGAGCCCAGCAUGGAAAUAUUUGCCUUCCACCCAAUGCUGGACAAGUGGGUGGAAAUAGGCAAUUCUGGUAUCUUCCGACCGGAGAUGGUCCGACCUAUGGGCAUCCCUGAGGAUGUAUCGGUGAUCGCUUGGGGUCUUUCGGUCGAACGGCCCACCAUGAUCCAAUACGGUAUUGGUAACAUUCGAGAGCUCUUCGGUCACAAGAUGGACGUGACGAGUCUAAAGAAGAACCCUGUGUGUUGGCUGUAUCCUGGGGAAGAGGCACCAGCUGUUGCGGAGGAGAGGGAGCUUUAA